CCAAACAACAUAAAAGAAAAGAAGUUGAAGUCUUUCACAAAUGGAAGCCUUUAAUGAUGCCUACAACUUCUUCAACAAGGAUAAAACUGGCUGUAUUGAUUUGCAUGGAUUGAUGUGCACUGUGGCUAAGUUGGGAAUGACUCUAUCCAAAUAUGACAUCUAUAAUGAAUUAAAAUGUGCUGAUCUUGACCGAGAUGGGAAAGUGAACUUCUCAGACUUUAUAAAGGUACUAACAGAUAAGGACCGCUUCCUUAGGGCUGUGGUUCCAGAAAAGAAAACCUGUUUAGAUUUUGCUGGAAACCCAGGGAUCCUAUUAUUUGAAAUCCUAUCAAAGCUUGUAGAGACUUCAGCCCUCCCCAGAAAGACUAUAAUGGAGAUAGUAAGGUAAGUGGCAAGAAAAUAGACAAAAGCAGCUUUCUGAAGAUAUUUCACUAACUUCUUACUCCACAGAGUUUGGCCCAAAACAUCGACAGUAUCUGGGCAAUGUGCUACAACAUUCCUGCCUGACUCUGAAAUUGCAAGCCUGACCUCAGACUAUCUCAAGGUCUCAUUGUAGGCAAAAAGU